AUACAGUACAUAACUGUGCAAAAAUUACAUCAAGUUCCUCCUGUGUUAAAUAUUAUUGUAUGUCAUUGAUUACGUGAAAUCGGUUGGUUGCAAGCUUAGGCCUUGCAAACGAAGAAUUCACGGGGAAAAAUCCAUAACCCAAUAAGGGUGUUCCAGGCUUCUUUUAGUAAUCAUGAAGUGAAACAGGUAAUGCCAUCAGAACAAAAGAAAACUGGGAAACUUUUGACUGCAUGAAGUGAGCAAGACAGUUUGUAAACAGGGCAGCCAAUGAAAUCUUGUUUUGUGAGGUUGGUUUUCUUGGUUGACUUCAACUGAGGUUAUGUUACUCUGCAGAAUUUUGAAACUCUUCUUUCGCCUCUUACAGGAUAUUUUAAUCGUGACAUGCAAGCUGACAUAUCUACAGGAAUCAACUGAAGAAAUAAAAACCUUAUAGGGUCAAACUCAUUCGCAUUCACAGUUUGGUCUUUCUUUGACCUAACUGCCUAUGAAUGUUUUAAGACCUUUAUUUUGCAGGGACAUACAGCGACUGAAUUGUUCUGUAAGACUAGUUACAGGAGACUGGACUAAAAAUACAAUUUCUGUAAGAAAUUACAUAAUAAAAAAAGUCAUGUUAGUGGCUGCUUAUGUUGAAAGAAGUAAGGUUUAUUAAGCAAAUUUGCGUUGUAUAUUAAAUAGCAGAACACAGCUAGACAGUUGAGACUUACAAAGACAUGAAAAGGACAGCAAAAAAUACAAUAAACUUCUGCAAUUGCAAUGGGAUUUAUUUUUUUAAAAGGCUUUUGUAAGCAUAUUACAUGCUUUAGGAAUAUCUUCUAGCAUUGCUAGAGUAAGAGUUCAGUAUACAAGCCAAUUAAGAUAAAGUCAGUGUCACAUUGACCGGUAGUAAGAAAAUAAGAUCAUAAGAGAGUAAAAAAGGCAAUUGAAAGCAACAGGAUAAAGGGGUAGGAAGAAAAAUCUCUGAAGUUUCAUUAAAGGCUUAAUUCUAGUCACUCUGAAGGUUCAGAGCACCUAGCAUAGUAGAUGUCAAAAAAAAAAAAAACUAAAAUGAAAGAAAUUGCAAAUGUGAGCAAGCUUCUUCCUCACAUGUAGCAGUAUUUUUAGUCAUUAGUUACCCAUCACUCCUACUAUUAAGUCCUCAUAGAAGAUUAGAGUAUUUUUAGCCAUUACUUCCUUUCUCUUUUUUUUAGACCAAAGAAAUAUAUUAUUUGGCUUAAUUUCAAUUUUACUUGUACUUGCCAAAGAUAAAACCUAGAAAGGGCGUAAGUUACUGCUGCAGUGGAAAUUGGCUGCAACUGGGAGUUGCUUUAAGAUUUGUACUUAAUUUGGAUGGGGCAGGUUUCCUCAUAUUUCACACAUGUGAUUGGGCAAUCCUAUCUUUCAGACUAUUUCUGUGGCAAUUGUAUUUUUACUUAUUCUUUUCAAGGAGAUUUAUUUGCUUUGGUAGUACAAAUGUUACUAAAAAAAUUUCCCUUUUCGAAACUUACUCUGAGAAGAACCUUUUUAUUCUGGCUCCUGUAGCUACAGUAGUCAUCAGGAACACCAAGUUUCAUCCGCAUACACAAUCUGGCAGCAAGUAGUCAACUUUCCAAGUGUUUACAUACAACUCAAUACCACCUACUUGUGGAAUCUGGAACCUACUUCAGUUCCACAAAAGGGUAACAUAUCUAUUUUGAAUUGCUGCUAGUUUCAUCCCAAGUUUUAAGAAAGAUGUACUUUUUUUUUUCCCCGAGAACAGGAAGCAUCCAAUAUAACACAACGCAGAAAGGUAAAAUUACAUGGUGUUAGUAUCAUAGAUCAUUGAAUAUUUUAGACCAGCACUGAUUUUAAUUUCUUUUUGAUUGUUAAAGUUUUAGUGUUGCACUACUUGUUUUUAAAUGUGAUUGACUUGUAUUGAUUAGCAGGAAGCUCUCAUUUCUUGGAUAAGACUCAACUCACAAAGAAAGGAGAGGCACACUUGAAACAAGAAGGUAUAAUUAGAAUGUACAACUCAGUGGCUCUGUCUGAACCCAUGAAAAUAACAUCUCUCCCAGAUGUUCCACAAACACCUCAUCAAAUACUUGGAAAAGAAGGCUCAACUGUUCUAGUGUAUGUUUCUAUUAAUUCCAAAGGCUUUAUCCUUAAGUGCUUGACUGAAAAGUUGUUAAAGGAAAGAAUAAAUGAUCCAGAAUAUCAGUGGGUUGGUCCCAUGGGCUUGAUAACCAAAGAAUCACAAAGACUUGUUUUAACAGAAGAUUGCCUGGAGAUCUAUAACAUUCAUGCAAGUGACUCUGGAAGUUAUACCUGUAAAGUUACCUAUGUACAUAAUGAUAAACAUAUGGUGACCGAAGUCCAUUUUAUGAUCUAUGUGUAUCAUAAGCCAGGGAAGAGCCUACAUCUGGCAUCAGAAUUCAAAACAGGAAGUUGUGAAACCAGUGCAGUUGUUUCCUUUGAAAAAAAACUGUUAGAAGACUUGAAGAAAUUAAUUCAUGACCUGCAGUGUGGAAUUCAGCAGUGGAAUGUGCAGUGCCAUGCAGCCACAGAUACAACAGCAAUGCUAACACGCAAACUUACAUUCCACUUUGUAGUUUUUCCCUUUGCACUGGCAUUUACAGAUCCCUGUGAAAGUUCAGACUGUGAAAAUUCCUCCAACUGUAUCAAAAAGGCCUAUACCAGGAUUCAGCAAUUUCUGAGAGUCCUAAGAUCACACUAUCACAGUCAACAGAUGCAUUAUAUUCCUGGAAGCCUUACAGGUUUGAAUAUAGACCACUGCAAACCAGGAUUUGGUAAAAAUAUUACCAGUAGUUCAAUAUGCACAGGAUGUUGCAUAACAUGCCCACCUGGUAGAUUUAGUGCUGACUACAAUACUGUAUGUACGCUCUGCGCACCUGGAUCUUACAAUGAAAAAUAUGGGCAAACUGCAUGUGAAAGCUGUCCAAAGCAACAUACUAGUGAUAGAAGAGGAUCCAAAACUGCAAGUGACUGUCAAAGAACUCUGCCAAUCUGGAUAGUUUUCUUGAUUAUCCCCACUGGAGUCAUCCUUGUCCUACUGAUCUCUUGGGUAUUCUUAAUUCAUCAUCUGAGUCAAAGGAACAUGUUUUUGCAUGAUCUUUCAUUGACUAAAAUCUUCAUGGCUAUAUAAGAACAGAAGUACCCCGAUACCUUCUGUUCCACAAAAAGAAUCCAAAUGUUCCAGGAAUGACCAGAAAUGAACAAGUCAUGGGCUUUGUGAAGACACACAUACGUCUACAUGCACGAACAUGUGACAUUUCAAGAGCACCGUCCAACUGCCAGGUAAAUAAAUUUUUCUCUUACAAUUCUUGUCGCUGUGUCUGACAAACAAUAAAUUGAUGUAGAUACUCAGUCAUUUUUAAGGAUUUCCACACAGCCAUACGAAGAGAAGAGCGUUAGUAGAGAUAGGUGUUGCACUCAGUAUAGCUUUGUGAGUCCAACUGAGGUGAGAAGUGCCAGUUCUUCAUAUGGAAGCUGAAAACCCUACUUGGAUCCUAGUUGAACAAGCACCUAUUCAGCCUGGGGGAAUCUCUAAGCAAGGUAUUCAAAAAUACAACAGGCAAUAACACAUUCCCGUAAUGCCUGUCUCUCAUCUGAUACUGCCUGACAUUGCAUUCUGUUGCCAUAUGCUAAAAAUGGCCUUGAGGGAACUCUGAAAGAUACAGACCAUUCAAAUGUAUAAACUAAGUCAUUAUUAUGAGUAAUGAGUAUGAGUAAAAACACGGUAAAUGAAUCACUUGAUUACUGGUGAAAUCUAACUAUCGCUUGACAAGGUGGGAUCCAAGUGGAUACAUUCCCAUUGCAGAAUCUUGCAUAAAGGAAAGACUCCUAUCGGUUGUAGAAAUUUGUCUCCUCAAUCUUUCUGGCUUACUUAGUUAUUUGUUAAGAAAACAGUUUUUAUUAGAGAGUAACAGGAAACAGGAUGCCAGCGUGUCUGAUGAGGGCCUUUUCUGCACUUUGCAGCCACAGUAAAGUCCCACAAACGAUAAAAAACACAUUAUGACAGGUACUUUAGUACUGAGAAAAAGAAACCUGAAAUAGAAGCAGCAGAAAAGCAAGCAGAAUAUACGUUGGCAGCCUCCCUUCUUUUUCACAGCCACAUGACAUAAGCCCGAAACUGAGAAGCUGUAGAGGUCACCCUGUCCUCGAUACCUUUCGAGAUGACAACUGUAAGACAUUCCAGGAUGCAGUCAUGAUGUGACCGGUGGACAAAAAAGGCAAACAAAGCAGGGCACACAUCCACAAACUCUCAAGAGGAAAUCAUUAGUAGGACAUGAAUCUGCAGUGCACCUUUGAGAAGACGAAGGCCAACUACAUACUGGGCUGCAACAGCA